AUGGCGAGCGUGGACCCAGAGGCUCUGUCGCCAACACCGGUUGGACUUGCACCCAGCUCCAGCCCCGGCACGAGCAGCACAAACCUUGCCCAUCCUCAAUCAACAGCGCCUGCAAUCCGUAGCGGUAGUUCUGUUGCCCCGAUAGCCUGUCUUGCUUGUCGAUCGAAACACCUGAAGUGCGAUGGGGCCAACCCGUGCGCACGGUGUGCCGCGCACAAGCUGGAGUGCAGUUUUGUUCGGUCACGUCGUGGAUAUAAGGGACCAAGACGGGUGAAAGCCGCCUCAGGAGCGCCCGACUCGCCCGACCAAACAGGGAGACGGUCUCCUCCUCAAGCGAGUCCGUACCGUCCAUCCAGCCAUCUCAGUCCCGCAGACACGCCAGGCAUAUCCAUUGCUGGGUCGUCUGUAGACAUAGAUACACUUCUUAGCUUCAGCAUGGCCCCUAUGAGCAACACGGGUCUCAUUCUCCCCUGGGAAACAUCGCAGGGCUCCGUAGCCAACGUCAAAGAGCGUUGCCUCGAAGCAUUCUUCUACUAUGCCCACCCAGCACAUCCUUUUCUCCUUCCAAGAGCCUACUUACUCGACCUGUUCAAGACUCGGCCUUUGCCACAUCUUGAAGCUGCAAUGCGCUAUCUCGGGUCCUUCUACGUUCCGUCGGCACCAAGGUCGUUACUCGCUGAAGAGGCGUUACACCUCCUAUCCGCAUCCUCGUGUCCAAGGGAUGGAUUCGCUGUACAGGCGAACAUGCUGGUGGCUAUCGGUCUUGACGGCAACGCAGAGCGAAAACGUGCUUUGGCUUUCUUAACUCAGGCGGGUGAUAUCGCGCUGGAGAUUGGAAUGCACCGCAGAGAAUUCCCUAGCCUGAAUGGCCAGGGAUUGCCGGUUAGGGAAGAGAGCUGGCGGAGGACAUGGUGGGAGCUCUUUGUUUUGGAUGGAAUGUUUGCCGGCGUGCACCAGCAGAGUCCUUUUAGGUUAAAUGAGGUUGGGUCGACCGUUUUGCUCCCUUGUGAGGAGCGAGACUAUGCAGGAGGAUGUAUCCCGGCCCCUCGCUCGCUCGAGGAGUUUGACGAUGGCGAUUUCUCUGAGGAUAUCGUAUUCUCCUCGUUCGCCUACCGAGUUGCUGCCAUUCGAAAUCUCGGCAGGGUUCUAAAACUUCAACCAGUUGUGUUCCCUGACGAUCCGGUCGUUGCCAACACUGAUGCUUACCUGAUCAAUUGGACGCUGCACCUUCCACCAACGAAGACGCUUGGCAUCGAAGACGGGCAGGUGGACGAGAUGCUGUUCCAAGCGCAUAUGAUCACCAACGCAAGCACCAUCCUCCUUCACAGACAACACUCUCAAUUAGAUACCGCCGUCGCUCGCAAUGUUACUUCUUGCGCCCCUCACCGACCUGUUGCCGGAGGACAGACCUACAACGUCCAUACCGCCAAGAUCAUACAAGCUGCGGAAAACAUCUCAAGGCUCGUCACCCUGCCCGUGGCAUUAGUCAAGCACACGCACCUUUUUACCUGCGUUAUCGCACUAUCUUCGGUCGUCCACCUGUCACGCUGGGCUGGUUUGAUGACUUUCAGUGAAGAUGAGACUCUCAAGCAGCUUAUUCGCCUCAACACAGGUGCCCUGAAAACAAUAUCUGGCGUGUGGCCAUCUGCGCAGAAAGUGCUGCCGCAGCUGAAGGACGUGGCACGAAAUAUAUUUUCUUCCCAAAAAUCAGCUGCUGAAAAAGGAUUCUGGGAUACUUUCGCGGAUGAUGAGAUGAGGAAUCUAGUGGAAGACGAAAAUAUCAGUGGGUUUCAGCUGACCUAA